AUGGGUGGUGUAGACCUCAUGGAUUCCUUUUUAGGAAGAAAUAGGAUUCGAAUGAAGAGCAGAAAGUGGUACAUGAGAAUCUUCUAUCACCUGCUUGAUUUGACUGUAAUAAAUUCGUGGGUGUUGUGUAAAAAAGUUGAAGAAAAAAAAGGAAACCACAAAAAAAUCAUGACCCUUGCACUUUCGAUCAGAGUUGGCAGAAACUCUUUGCAAAUAUAG